AAAAAAUCAUGAUACAGAGACAGAGACACAAUGUAUAUACAGAAGAAAGUCGAUACCAUGGUCUGUUGACUGCUGAAACAUUUCACACAGAGACAUUAACACUGCCUCUUAUUGUACAUUAUUCUUAGCUUUGAAGGAAAAUUAAAUGCUUUACUUGAUGGUUUCCGUGUAUAAAUGGAUACUUCUAGAGAACUCCACAGCACCUCCACCAUCAGAAACGGUAAAAAAAAUGUUGCAACAUUUCUGUAUUGGACAUUUCUGUACUGGUGAGUGGAUUUCUCUCUACAGAUGAAAGAAGAAGUUGUUUGAAAAUAAAUUUAAAGAUCAUGUGACACCACUGAAGUAGUGCAUUUGGAGAGGGAGACGGAUGACUUUGUUAACUUUUUUUAUCUGAAUCACUGUGUAAAUAUCAGAUAAUGGGAAACCAAAUUUUAAAUGCCCUACACUACCAAUCAUAUGAGGCAUUACCAAUGACUGACCCAGAUGAUACUGAUGGUAACCUGAAAUCAUUGCAAUCUAAUGGACUAGAAGAAGAGGAAGAAGAAAGAAAACCUGAAGAAAGUUUCCAUUUAUUCACAAACAGUGUAGCGUUUUAUAAGGAUUUAUGCAUCUAUGAAAAGGCAUUCAAUGAGCAGAAACUGGGACUUCAUACUGGAGAAACACUGUUAAACAUCUGUAGGCCAGGGGAUCUUGUGGAGUUUAUUUUAAAAGAUGGACACUCUCUCUGGGUUGUCUAUACUGGAGAUUUUCAGGUUGUUCACUUGAGCGGUGGUAUUAUUAAGAAGUCUUUUUUGCUGGAUAUAUCAGGUAGCUACAAGGGAAGGAUUGUCAAUUCCGUGUACAAAUUUCCUGAAUCCAGUGCGGACAUAGUAGUAAAAAGAGCAAUGGAACAGGUCACUUCAGGAGAAAGCACAGGACUCUGGCCUAAUUCAGAAAGCUUUGCAGCCUGGUGCAUGUUUGGGAAAAAGGAAUUUAAGAAGGGAGGAGAACUGCGAAUUGGUAAACAGCCUUACUUACUUCACCUCCACAAGGGUGAUGGCACAGCAGAAACAUUAAACUUCCAAACCCUUUUAGACCUUAUAGAGGAGAAAAUUAAAAAAGAACAAGCUGAGGAAAAGGGGAUACAUUUUGUUAUGCAAGGCUAUUAAGUGGAGAAAUUGUAAAAAUAAGUGUUUCAGCAUAUCCAAAAGUGACUAUGUAUAUAUAUAUUUCCUUUUUGGAGAGGACAUUCACCGGGAAACAAUUUAGAGCUCAUUAUUUAUUUAUUUUUUCAUAUUAUUUAAAAUAAGUUACAUUAGAAAUUUCAAGUAGAAACCUUAAUAUUCUAGUCUAUGAACAACAUUUUCUGACCACACUCCUUCACCUCUCAAAUGUAUAUUCUCCUCACUACAGCCAGAUUUCAAGGUACAUUUUCCUCAAGAAAACUAUGUAAAGUCAUCUUGCAAGUGUAGCAAACUCUGCUAAGGUUUUAUUAUAUGAUUUUAAAUACUCUUGUUAAAGGAUAUGAAAUGUGCAUUUUAGGGGCAUAUAGCUCACAGCCACUAGCCUUGUUCCUUACAGCCCACAGCUUGCAUCAAACUCUUGUGAUAGGCAUCUUAGUAACAUAUUACUUAGAUAUUAGAUAUUUAAAGCACUGAACUUUUAACUCAAACCAGGUGCCACUUAAGCAGAAACUGCAGAAGAGGAUUAAUAGUACAAGUAACCAGUGUGCAGUCAUGUUAACACCAGCACAAGAGUAUGUUGUUAAUUUCAAUUUAGUUGGAUUCUGAAGCAGCUGUCCGUAUCUAUGGGAGUAAUACAAAUGUUGACCUUUAUUUUUGUCUGUAUAACACUUCUUCAAUGUAAGUCAGCAUUUGCACAUUUCUGCACUAAACAAAGAACACUGUUUUUAAUGAGUUUCAUUCCACUUAAAACAGAUUUUAGAUUUGUGUCUAAGGACAGCUAAGACCAUCACUGAAGUGCCAUUCUAAAAUGAAAAUAUAUAUAUAUUCUAAAUCCAAGAAAGUAAUAUUUUGAAGGCUAUUCAGAAUGUAAUGGACUGAAACACAGCUGUAGACAGACCUGUUGUAAUAUCCACCCUACUGUCUAAAUCCAGCUGGUAAGUAUACUGACAAUACUUUUUGAUUUCAUAUUAACUUUAGAUGACAAGAUCAUUCAGUCUUAGUCUACGAUGGGAUACUUUAAAACAUAAAUGUAAACCUUAUAUUUGUUGCAAUACUUCUUACAAUAGCUGUGAAAUGGCAAAAUUAUUUACUGCAGCUUGUCUUUAAAAUUAAAGAAACAUAAACUCUCACUGUCAAAGUUAAUUCCUUUUCUGAAGAUGCACCUCUUGCUGUUUUUCCACAACCAUCUCACUCUUUCCCUGUUGUCUUACAUUUCUGAGUCACUUCCACCCUUGCCUUGUUGUUGCUAGCAGAAUUGUGUUUGUUGAGGGAACAUACCAGGGCUAUCAAUAUCCAAAUAAUGCCAAAAAGAUUUCUGCUAUCAUUUUACCACUGUAUUCUGGUGGGGCUGGAGUUUUGAUGUUAGCAUACUGCUCACUUUAACUGGAAUGCCAAUAUUACUUUUUCAUGUAGUGUUUCAAAUGUGUACUUAAGUAUG